AUGGAAAUAAUUCAUUUCAAUGGCACUUUUCCUGGAUCAACACAUGAUGCAGCGGUCUGGCAAGGAUCCAGUUUGAGCCAAUUAUUGGAAACCAAUUAUGUUAACGGAGUUUCAGCUGGUGAAUGGCUUCUAGGAGACUCUGGAUAUGCCCAACUGCCUUGGCUGAUGACCCCGUAUGCUGAUGCGGAUGAAAAUACACCUGAGGCUAGAUAUAAUUUAGCGCAUACCAAAACGAGGGUUCUUAUUGAAAAAUGUUUUGGAGUGAUGAAAACAAGAUUUAGAUGCAUUCACAAGCACAGGACGUUGCACUAUGACCCCGUGAAGGCAUCUAAAAUAAUAGCAGCUGUAGUUGUUCUCCAUAACGUGGCAAUUAAGAGAAAUGAACCUUUAACAGAUGAAUUGCAACUCGAAGACAGAUUGCGGCCAGCAGAUGAUCCUCCCAGGGAUAUGAAUUUUUUAAAUGUGGCAAGAAAUAUUCGAAAUAACAUCACAAGACAAUACUUUGCAUGA